AGGCUGCACUGACACAGACAGGCACCAUGGCAGCAGCAACAGCCGCAGGCAAAGAGGCAACUACAGCUGAAAGUCUGCCCAGCGCGCCCGGGGGAAGAGUCAGACCCAGCAGCGGUGGACAACAAGAUCCAGAUGUGCCAUUGGCAGGCUUUAAAGACAGGAGCUGCUGAUCCAAACUCCUGUCCAGCAUCAGAGCAUCAGCACCCACAAGAGCUGUUUACCUGAAGAGCCAAGAGGAUGGACGCUGCAUACAAGAAAGUCAAUGGGAACCACGGGCCAGAGGCAGAGACAGAGGAGCCGGUCACUGGACGGAGGAGAAGGGGCUCCAUGUACCUGGAGGAGGAGACUGACAACAAGACAGAAGUGAUCUCCUGCAUCUUCUCCCUGAACGAGGAGGUCGGGGCUUUAGCCAAGGCUCUGAGGCUCUUUGAGGAGAAGGGCAUCAACCUGACGCACAUCGAGUCUCGUCCGUCACGCAUGAACCAAGACCAGUUUGAGUUCUUCAUCAGCGUGGACUCCACCUGCUCCCAGGCCCUGGACGAGGUCAUCGACGGCCUGCGUACACAGAUCAGCGGCCACGUGCACGAGCUGUCACGCAACAAAGAGAAGGACACAGUGCCGUGGUUCCCUAAUGACAUCCAGGACCUGGACCGCUUCGCCAACCAGAUCCUCAGUUAUGGCUCCGAGCUGGACGCUGAUCACCCGGGCUUCACAGAUCCAGUGUACAGAGCCCGCAGGAAGGAGUUUGCUGACAUCGCCUACAACUACAGACAUGGCCAAACCAUCCCUCGGGUGGAGUACACAGAGGCUGAGAGGAUCACAUGGGGCAAAGUGUUCAAGGAGCUGAAGACUCUGUACCCGACUCACGCCUGCCGCGAACACAACCGCGUCUUCCCCCUGCUGGAGAAAUACUGCGGCUACAGGCCGGACAACAUCCCACAGCUGGAGGACGUGUCCCGCUUCCUGCAGUCGUGCACAGGUUUCCGGCUUCGCCCGGUGGCCGGCCUCCUGUCAUCCCGGGACUUCCUGGCUGGACUCGCCUUCAGAGUGUUUCAUUCCACGCAGUACAUCCGUCACAGCUCAAAGCCCACGUACACACCUGAGCCGGAUAUCUGCCACGAGCUCCUGGGACACGUCCCUCUGUUUGCUGACUCAGGUUUCGCCCAGUUCUCACAGGAAAUCGGUCUCGCCUCCCUCGGUGCCCCUGACGAGUACAUCGAGAAACUUGCAACUGUGUACUGGUUCACAGUGGAGUUUGGCCUGUGCAAGCAGGGCUCAGAGAUCAAAGCUUACGGAGCUGGUCUGCUGUCAUCGUUUGGAGAGCUGCAGUACUGCUUGACAGACCAGCCCAAACUUCAGCCCUUCGACCCCGACAAGACCAGCCUCCAGAAGUAUCCAAUCACAGAGUACCAGCCUGUUUACUUUGUGGCUGAGAGCUUUGAGGACGCCAAGGAGAAAGUCAGGAAAUUUGCAGCCACCAUCCCCAGGCCCUUCACAGUGCGCUACAAUCCCUACACCCAGAGCAUCGAAGUGCUGGACAACACCCAGCAGCUCAGGAACCUGGCUGACAGCAUCAACAGUGAAAUGGGGAAACUGUGUGAAGCCCUGCGGAAAACUGGAGUAAAGGCACAUGAAAUCUGAGCCGAGACUUCCUGAGAAUAUCUUCAGCUCUCUGAGUGAACUCGCGGCUCUGCGCAGCACGCGUGCAAAUAUGCUCUCUACGUAUUAAAAUAAAAUAUGCAAGUCAAAUAAUGACAAUAUAUCUGUAAUCCAAUUAGUAUCUUACCGAAGAGAUAGUGAAAAAAAUGUAGCCUAGUUAGUUAGUUAGGAUGAUAAUGAAUGUUACUGUCGAUAUUAUUACAGUUUAGAUGUUAUGAAGAAACUUUAGUUACUUUAAUGAGUUUAGAUUCAAUAUGUUAACUUUACUUUGUGUGUCUAAUAUGAUAUUUUUUAUGCAUUUCAAACCUUAAAAAAACAAAUUGAGACGCAAUUUUUGUGACUAACUUUCACUUUGCUCGGCUUAAUGAAAUGUUUUGUUUAUGCAUGAUAUGUUGAAAUAAAACCUAAAAAGAAUAAAAA